CAGAGAAAUGACAGGACAGCUUCUUUACCUAAGGCUUUUUCAGCUGAUACUUGGGACUUUUGCUCCUGCAUUAAUAAUUCUCUGUCUCCAACUACUGUGACUUUUCUUGUGCUUCUUUCCUAAACAUCUGAACUUCAAACCAAAAAGCUUACAAAUACUAUUUCUUCUAGCUUGCCUGUGCACAGUUUGGUGGCUCCUUUUGGUCUGCUUGAUUCUAAGUCUCCUACAGAGAUAAUGACAUUGUAUCUGCUUUUAGAGAACUGUAGGCCAAUUUACAAUAUUUUAAGGGUAAAGGAAGACACUGAUUUUUAAGCAAAAACCUUUAACUCCAUGUUUAGCCUAGAGUUAGUUUUGAUACCUUAAUUCUAAAGCUUUGGUAACAAAGAUUAGCCUUCUAAUAUUAAUAAAUGACCUCUGGUAUGCAAAUUAGUGCAUUCCUUGAAAGGCAGGGAAAAACCCAACAAAAAACACUGUAAAACUUGGGAACGCUGUAGAUGUUUAUUCCUGUAAGUAAUGUCAAGUUCCACUUGUUUUGUUUAGACAAGGACUUCCAAAACAUGCCUUGCGGCAUCACCCACUGCCAGAACCAGGAGCUGAGGUGUGCCCAGCCACACCCACGGCUGAAAACCCUGGCAAGACCUCAAGGGAGUCUGAAAUCCGGAAGGAAUCGGAUUACCCUUCUGUUACUCCAGCUGAUCAUGGGAAUUCAUGGUCUGCUAGUCAGGGUUGUGCUGACGCCUCCACUGAAGAGAGCUCAGCCUUCUCUUGGGGCUACGAUGAAUUUGAUAAAGCUACCACACAGCAAGUUGAGCAGAUGUUCAGACAAAUUGAUGAGCUUCUCUAUGAGCAGAAAGAAAAUGAGCAAGUUGAGGGACUGCGGGAAGAAUGCCAGCAGUGGACAUCCAACUUUCCUCAUCUCAGGUUCCUCAGAUGUAAAUUCACCACCAGAAAAAGAUUCUAAUGAAUUUAGUGUUUUUGGCAAGAAGGUACCUCUUUCUGUUACUCCCAUUCACAAAAAGGCUGACCGUUCCAAGUCUCCGACCUUGUGUUCUCCAGAGAAUGAAGAAGGUGAAGAUGGAAUAAUUGUCUCUGAAGGCGUAAUGGAGGAAUAUUUAGCAUUUGACUGCAGAGAUGUAGAGGAGGAGCUGCGUGAGAGGAAAAAGGGACUGUCCUCUGGUAGACGGAAACUGGGAUUUCCUCCUAUCUCUCCAUAUGCCUGUAUGAAGGAUUCUGUGCUUACAUUUGUGUUUGAUGAUGUGUGGAGUGAAGUCCUAAGCUGUAUGGAAGAAUUAAUCUGCAGACACUGGGAAGGGUCAGCCUCCGAUGAUGAGAAAAACAUCAUAACAGUAGAAACAAUCAGAGCAGAUGUUGGAAGUCCUUUGCAGUUUGAUCCUCUGCCAGUGGUGUUACCUCGUGUGCCACAAACUAAAAUGCCCUCAGUGACAUCAAAUCUGUGCCCAAAACCCAGAUGUGGCUGCAAAAGCAAAAAGAGGAGAAAAACACCUCAAGUAAACCUCUCUCAAGGGUCAAGUACUGGCUCUCAACGUAAUCUAAAUGGCUUGAUGGUAAUACAGGGGAUCCAGUUACAGCAAAGGAAUCUGCCUGUAAUGGAGAAAACGCUGGAUCCGGAUGACAAACAGCUGGGUUCCAGUUCCAUCCUCUCUGCCAGAGUGUGGCCAAAUCGUCCUUUAGAGCUCAGCACAUCAUCCCUGUCACAUUCCACAAGGCGGCGAAACCCACCACCACGUACCCUGCAUCCCCUCAACACAAGCCACUCUCGUACUGGGACCCCAGGGUCUGUGGAUGAUGUCUUCAGGGGAACUCAAUUUCUGACUGCGCAUGAGCAGCUUACCUCACCUUCCCCACUGCUGCUAAACCGAAAUAAUCUCCUACCACCUAUUAAUACCACCAAUGUGGCAGGUCCUGUGAAUGCUGCAGGAUCCCAGAGGCAAACGAAAUCUCGAGGGAACUCAAGUCGAGCUCACAGUGUAACAGCACAAGAAGAUACCCACCAGCAGCUACAGGAGCGGCUUUUCUCACCUGAUCAUUUCUCCAAGCCUAACACAACCAACACAUUCUUGCUAGAUCCACAGCACCGCCGUUCUUACACUGUUAUUGAUCACAGUAAUCAAUCUCGGACAAGCAGAGGAUCAAUAGGUUCAGGUCUUCAGCUGCAUGGUUCUGUGAAAGCCCCCAGACGAAGUGGAUCAGUCACAAAAAGCAAACAGGGGUCUAACGUGCCAUGAAGUAUUCAUCCAUCUCCACACAGUCAUGAACCAUCUCUCCUUCUCAGCAAUGUCAACAUUGUUUACAGAGAGUUUUCAAACACCCUUCCUUUUGAAUAGUUAUUUUUAUAUAAAUCUAAGAAGCAGGUGCCAAAGAUUUAGAAGGGGUAUACUUAAACAUUCCAUUUUCUACCAGUAGAAGAGGUAUACUCCGGUGGAAGGGUGAACACACUCCAGUGGACAGUAAAGCCUAACUACUAGAAAAUCUAGCAAAUGCUCUUGGUCAUUGCUGUUUUCCUACUACUGGGUUGUGACUGGUUCAUGUUGUUACAGGCAGGUUCUGCAGAACCUGCUGAUUUUCCGUUAGCUCUACAGAGGAUUAAUCAGGCCUUCCACAGCAGUACUAAUUUAAACUUUUUAGAAGUGUAUAACUGUAUUCUUAUGUUUAAAGCAAUAUUACACUAUCAAAAGUAAGCACUGCACAUAAUACUGCUUCCACAACUCAACUUAGACAAGUUAUGAAUCCUGUAGUAAUUUCAGCAGAUAUUAAUACAGGUGCGUAAAACUAACGUAGCAAACUAGAUGAACAGAACUGACAGGUUCAAGGGUAGCACACCACUGACUCUUCCUGUGUUAUGUACUUACACCUCUUCCUCAGUGACUGAAGAAUAUUUAAGAGGCAAAAAGGAAUCUUUUAGUACAAGUAGUUCCAGACAGUAUUCAAAGAAAAUACAUUGUCUUCCCGGUGGGAUAUUUUACUGUAUUUUCAUGGAAUAGGUCAGCCUCCCUUUCCAAAAACACCUGCAAUUAUGCAAGAUUUCUGCGCUCUCCCCUGAAGUUCCACAACUCACAGCUGGAAUGUAGCUUUUAGUAGAUAUGUUCUGCACUGUGUGACAGACAUGCUGGAGGUAUUAGCUGUAGUUGCCCUCGUGGCUCCGAAUAAGACAAAAACAUGAAAUACAGGCUUCUCAAAAUAAGCGAUUAGUUGAAGGUCUUAGUCCCAAACAGUAAGCACCAGAAUACAAGUUAAGUAUAAACACAAGGAGAGGGUAACCACUUACUGUAUUUUAACAAAGUUAGGACUCUCCACGAAAACAGUUGUUCCUUUAUAACUCACUUUAAAAGCACUUUUUUCUAAAUUUUCUUAUUAUUGUUUUUCAAAUUACAAUUCAUACGGAAAAAACUUAUCAGUAUUCUUUUUGAAGUGGCUCCCCUGUUUCCCCACUCUAAGUUAUGCAAUUUAUCAAAUGUUACUGGUACCUACAGAACAACUAAUAAUUUUUAAUCAAUAUUGAAAUUGAGUCCUGCUGAUCCAAGCAUGCUCUAAUCAAAAAGAAGGGAAAAGAAAGCAGAACUGUGCAAAUGUAACUGGGUUAACUUUCCUUUGCAUUUCUAGAAGGGAAAAAGCACACUGGGCUCAGUCUAAAUCUCUUUGCGUAGAGGUAAACUGAUGCUACAGAGAGGACUCUAUUCACUAAACCCUUUCAAAAUACAGUUUCUCUUAAUAGUUAAGACUACUAGGACAUUACACAAUGUCAUUUAGUUAUCUCAAGCUUAACUGCAGAUAAGCAUCCCAUUUUUUAUCAGUGCUAUUCCUCAGGGACCAAGUUAUUUUUCUGUGGCCCUAGUGCAUAAGUAAUAAAAAUAUACAAAUAAACUUGAAUAGAUUUCUAGUAACAUAAUGUAGUAUUUUACAGCCUAGAUGAGUCAGUAUGUUAAAAAAGUGAAAGCAGUCUCAUAAUAAGGUAAUUAUUGGUUUCUGUACAAAUGGUUGACACCAGAGACUUCUCCUGGGCUGUUAUCUAUUUUGUAUAGUAAAAGUAAUGUUCAAGUCGUGUUAUACAACA